AUGGCAAAUAAAUUAGAACUAAUUCCAAUCAUUGAAUAUUCAAAUGAUCAAUUUAAAGAUGCACUUGAAUAUAUUAAUCAAAGACAACAUAUUGGUAAAAUAGUAGUAAAUCAUGAUAUAGAUAUGUUAUCAAGAGUAUUUAGUGAACAGAAACAAAGUGACGCAAUUAUUAUGAAGAACAGCUAUGAUAUAUCAAGAUUAGAUAUUGGUAAAAACAUAUUAGUAACAGGUCAAACAGGUAUUAUAUUAGAAAUAAUGAAAUGGCUUGUUAAAUAUUCAAAUAUUCAAAUCGAUAAUAUUAUAAUUUUAUCAAAAUCACCAUUAAAAUGGGAAUUAGAACUAUUAAUGAAUACAACUAAACAUCAAAAAGACAAUACAAUUAAUUUCCACUUUAUUCAAGCCGAUAUUGAAGAUAGUAAUAAAGUUCACAAUCUUUAA